AUGGAUCUCGAGGCGCUGAAGGACAAAUGGAGUGAUAGGGAGGACAAUGAUGGCAUCAGGCUCAGUUGGAACAAUUUCCCGAGUACUCGAAUGGAAGCCUCCCGGCUAGUCGUUCCCAUUGGCGCCGUCUACACUCCUCUUAAGCAGAAGCCUACUCCAUGGCUCCAGUAUGAGCCCGUGAGCUGCAAGCAGCCUUGCCGCGCUGUACUCAACCCAUAUGCCACCGUCGAUGUGCGCGCACGAAUCUGGAUUUGCCCUUUCUGUCUCUCUCGCAACCCUCUUCCUCCGCAUUACAAGGACAUCACGGAGAAUACGAUACCCCCAGAGCUCCACCCCACGAGUACCACAAUCGAGUACCAAUUGGCACGGCCCGCCCCCGCUCCCCCGAUCUUCGUUUUCGUCGUCGACACUUGCCAGGAGGAUGACAGUCUUCAGGCUGUCAAGGAUGCUCUCAUCCUGAGCUUGUCGAUCCUGCCGCCCCACGCGCUGGUGGGUCUGAUUACCUUCGGUACAAUGACCCAAGUCCACGAGCUGGGCUACACAGAAUGCGCCAAGUCAUAUGUGUUCAGAGGCAGCAAGGAUUACAACGCAAAGCAGGUCCAGGAGAUGCUGGGUCUGGCCGGCGGUAUUCGCCCCGGUGUUCCCCCGCAGCAGCAACCUGCCCGUCCCCUUGCCCCUGCUGCGCGCUUCCUCAUGCCCGUUCAGCAAGCUGAAUUCCAGAUCACCAAUGUCCUCGAACAAUUGCAGCGUGAUCCCUGGCCCGUGGCCAACGACAAGCGUCCCCUGCGCUGCACUGGUGUCGCCCUGAGCGUUGCUGUUGGUCUGCUCGAGAGUUCCUUCCAGAAUUCAGGAGCUCGCAUCAUGACUUUUACUAGCGGUGCCGCCACCGAAGGCCCCGGCCACGUUGUUUCGCCUGAGCUCAGAGAGCCCAUUCGUUCCCACCACGACAUUGACCGGGACAACAUCAAGUACUACAAAAAGGCUGUCAAAUUUUACGACAACCUCGCCAAGCGCGCCGCGAACAAUGGCCACAUCGUCGAUAUAUUCGCUGGAUGCCUCGAUCAAGUGGGUUUGCUGGAAAUGAAGAAUCUCUCUAACUAUACUGGAGGUCACAUGCUCCUUACAGACAGCUUCACAUCCUCACAAUUCAAGCAAUCGUUCAUUCGUGUAUUUGACAAGGAUGAGGACGAUAACUUGUUGAUGGGCUUCAAUGCAAACCUCGAGGUGCUUACAACCAAGGAACUCAAGGUCACUGGUCUGAUUGGUCAUGCGAUUUCACUGAACAAAAAGUCCAGCUCUGUUGGCGAGACAGAGUGCGGCAUUGGCAACACCUGUUCAUGGAAGAUGUGUGGAAUCGAUCCAUCCUCCAGCUACGGUAUUUACUUUGAAAUUGCCAAUCAGGCAGCUGCCCAGCAACCUGGCCCUCAACAGGGUAUGAUGCAAUUCUUGACAUACUACCAGCACUCAUCUGGGUUUUACCACCUGCGGGUGACUACUACCGCGUGCCCCCUCAGUGGCCCUGCUGGUGAUCCCGCUCUGGCGCAGUCCUUCGACCAGGAGGCUGCCGCUGUUCUCAUGGCCCGUAUCGCAGUGUUCAAGGCAGAGGUCGAUGACGGUCCCGAUGUCCUCCGCUGGGUGGACCGCAUGCUGAUCAGACUUUGCUCCCGCUUCGCUGACUACCGGAAGGAUGACCCGACAUCAUUCCGAUUGGAGAAGAACUUUACCCUGUAUCCUCAGUUCAUGUUCCAUCUCCGCCGAAGCCAGUUCUUGCAGGUGUUCAACAACUCACCUGACGAGACUGCUUUCUACCGCCAUGUCCUGAACCACGAGGACACCGGUAACUCUCUGGUCAUGAUCCAGCCCACCCUCGACUCAUACUCUCUUGAGCAAGAAGGUGCUCAACCAGUGCUGCUGGACUCCGCCUCUAUCCAGCCUGCCCACAUUCUCCUCCUUGACACCUUUUUCCACAUUCUCAUCUUCAACGGCGAGACCAUUGCGGAAUGGAGGAAAGCCGGGUACCACGAACAAGAGGGCUACGAGAACCUCAAGAUGCUGCUCGACCAGCCUAAGGAGGACGCUAGAGAUCUUAUUGCCGAUCGCUUCCCACUACCCCGUUUCAUCGUCUGUGAUGCCGGUGGCUCUCAGGCCCGUUUCUUGCUGUCCAAGCUGAACCCGUCAACCACCCACACCACAAGUGGCUAUGGUGGCGGUGUCUCGUCACAGACCAUCUUCACUGAUGACGUGUCGCUCCAAACAUUCAUGGAUCAUCUGAUGAAGCUUGCUGUAUCUGGAACCAGCUAG